AUGUCUGGUUCCGAGAAUUGGAACUCCUAUGAAUGGACCCUGCCACAGAUGACACAGGACACCGCUACAAUUCCUAUCCCUAACGCCGAGGUCGGUCAGAAUUUUCUCUUGAACAGCGAGUCUAACUGGGCCUCCAACGGUGGUCAUUCUCAUGGAACUGGAGUGGAUGAAACCAUGCAACCUCAGAAUGCUCUCGUGAAUUUUUCCCCAAGCCAUGGCUUGGCUUUCGGGUCAAGCCCAGUCAGCUUGACCGUCUCUGGCGCAGGUGUCAAUAUAGGAGCGGGUUCUCCUUAUUUUGCCCAUGACUCCUCCAGCAACGACGACAUGUUUGAAACCUCGCAUGCUGCCUUCUCGGCGUAUGCCAAGGGAAUGUCCGCUCCUGACAUGGUCUCCCUGUCUCCAAGCAGCCUCGUUGGUGACAAGACCGAUGACACUGAAGAUGAACCUGCUACUCCGUCCGACAAUCAUGCCCCCACACUCACAUCGGUCAUGGAUCCCAACGACUCUAAUCGUUUGGUCCCAAACUUGGUCAAGCUGAUGAAGGUUGCAGAGAAUGACCCUUCUGAUCGUCCCACACUCUUCAAGUCUCAUGAACACGCUCGUUCCUCUUACCAGACCUCUGGGCCGCUUCCCGAUGAUCCUACUAUUCCUCAGACUCCGAGUCAGAAGCGGGCAAUUGUGAAAGAGAUGUGCAAAGCUAUGCUCAGUCUGGAACACGCGACCGACAAUGAGGGGAUGAUCAAGCCGUUCAGGAAUAAAAAGUAUUCCGAAGAGAGAAUCGAAAUUUGCUGCUGGCAGACGCUGGACACUGUGAUCAUGCGUCAGAAGAGCGGACCCCUCCUGGCAGCCUACGAACUCACGACCAAGAACGAGAAUGAGACGCUCAACUUUGCUCAACGGAUGACUCGCAUCAUCGAGUGUUUUUAUAGACACAAGACCGUAUGCAAGCACAUUUUGGAUCCUCUGUAUGUGUACAAUCUGGUCGACAACCCCACGGCGGCCGAGAAGCGCGUCGAGAGCAACAAACUGCUGAAUCGGCGCAAGGGCCACAUUAUGACGGCUGGAAAAGAGGCUCUUCGUAUUGGACAACGUCGCCAGCCUGCCACUACUCCCACCGCCUCCUCCCAAAAGGCUCGCAGAACAAUCGCCCAGAAGGCUUCCAGAACUGCUGCCGCUGCUCGCAAAACGGUCACCCGCAAGGCGCCUAGGGCUAAAGUCGAAAACAAAGAAAAGAAACUUGCAGCCAUCCCUGCUUAUUCUGACACUUCUGAGAGCUCCAAUGUGCAUGAGAGGAUAUUUACUCCAUCGAGCACUCCUGAACCCACCGCAAGUGAGGCUGACGCGAGCCCUCAGAGUCUGGUUGCCUCAAUGCCGUGCAGCUCAUCCAUGCCCGUUCCUCAAGCAAUGGCUUACUACCCCCAGCAUGUGGUGAAUGGGGAGCCUACCUACCAGCUCAACAACAAUCUGCCCUAUCCGGCUCGCAACAAGGGGUACCAGUCGGCGUUCUGGUCCAAUGUGCAUUCCCAUCGCAUGGCCGCGCCCGCAUCCUAUUCCUUGCCGGCUCUGGAUUUCACGCCUAACCAUGCUGCAUCAUACUAUCCGACCGGUUCCAUGGCUGAUUUGCAUGUCAACUCCAGCCCCAUUUCUGGAGGCACAGUUUGCCACAAUGCAAUGGCAACUCCAGUCCGUUCUGCGAAAGCCAGCCGCAAUAGGCCCAGUAUCACAAUCACCGACAACUUAGGACAGCCUUCCUCCGUCGAGAAGAAAAGGCGCUAA